AUGGCAACCAUGGUCGAUGUUGUUCGACCGGCGCUGGUCAGCGAUGCAGAUCUUAUGCAAGCACGAGCCGCCCUCCAACACCAACAGAGUCCCGAGAUCUCCGUUCCCCGCGAAUUCAUAUCCCAAAUCGUUGAAGAACUCAUUUACCGCCGCGAUGCCCAUUCCGCUAUUGCUGAAAUCGAACACGAAUGCUCACAUCUCCGUAAAGAGCUUCGAAAACAUACCCACAUAAAUGAAGCAUUUCAAAAGGAACUGCGGGAGAUCGGCGAGAUCAUCACACAGGUCGCUCAUGGUGACCUUUCACAACGGGCCCGCAUGCAUCCCCUGGAGAUGUCGCCCGAUAUCGCGACCUUUAAACAGACGAUCAAUACCAUGAUGGAUCAGUUACAAGUCUUCAGUCAAGAAGUAUCCAAGGUUGCCAGAGAAGUCGGCACGGAGGGUGUGCUGGGUGGCCAGGCAAAGAUUGAAGGAAUUCAGGGAAUCUGGCAUGAGUUGACGGUUAACGUGAAUGCCAUGGCCAAUAACCUCACAACACAGGUCCGAGAUAUCACGACGGUGACGACGGCAGUUGCCAAGGGCGACUUGCAGCGCAAGGUGCAGGCCGAUUGCAAGGGUGAGAUUUUGCUGUUGAAAAACAUCAUCAACUCUAUGGUUGAUCAGCUACGGGAAUUCGCGUUCGAAGUUAGUCGUGUCGCUCGCGAAGUCGGGUCAGAUGGUGUGCUGGGAGGUCAGGCUGUGGUUCACGGCGCGGAGGGCACCUGGAAGAACCUCACAGACAAUGUGAAUCGCAUGGCGUCGAAUCUUACGCAGCAGGUCCGCGAAAUCGCCGACGUGACCACCGCUGUCGCACGUGGCGAUCUUACGAAGAAAGUGACCGCAGAUGUUAAGGGCGAGAUCUUGGAUCUGAAGCUUACGAUCAAUGCGAUGGUCGACCGACUGAAUCAGUUUGCCUUCGAGGUCAGCCGGGUCGCGCGGGAAGUAGGAACCGAUGGCACACUGGGCGGACAAGCACAAGUCGAAAAUGUUGAAGGUCGCUGGCGAGAUCUGACAGAUAAUGUCAACACCAUGGCCCAGAACCUUACAUUACAAGUUCGGCAAAUCUCAAACGUGACCCAGGCCAUUGCGCGCGGUGAUCUCAGUACCAAAAUUGAGGUCCACGCCCAGGGUGAAAUCUUGACACUCAAAGAAACAAUUAAUAGCAUGGUAGAUGGGCUGGGGGGAUUCGCACAAGAACUCAAAGGUGUAGCGAGAGAUGUUGGUGUCCGGGGUAAACUCGGCGGACAGGCGAAUGUUGCGGGGUCCCAUGGAAUCUGGAGAUCGAUUAGUGAAGAUGUCAACACGAUGGCGGACAACCUGACCUCCCAAGUCCGUGCUUUUGGUGAAAUUACCGAGGCAGCGAUGAGUGGCGAUUUCACCAAGUUGAUUACCGUCUCUGCCUCUGGAGAAAUGGACGAUUUGAAACAAAAGAUCAAUAAGAUGAUAUCAAGUCUGCGCGACAGCAUCCAGCGCAACACCGCUGCCCGUGAAGCGGCAGAGUUGGCAAACCGCAGCAAGUCUGAAUUUUUAGCUAAUAUGAGCCAUGAGAUCAGAACCCCAAUGAAUGGAAUUAUUGGACUCUCGAGUCUUGCGCUGGACACUGACGAACUCCAGGCUCCCGUGAGAGAGACUCUGAAUAUGGUCCACAACCUUGCAAUCAGCCUUUUGACAAUUAUCGACGACAUCCUCGACAUUUCUAAAAUUGAGGCCAAUCAUAUGAUGAUAGAGAAGACGCCCUUCAGCCUUGGUUCAACUGUAUUUAGCGUGUUGAAGGCCCUUUCGGUGGAAACCAACGAGAAGGCAUUGGGUCUGGUCUAUACAGUCGAAGGGGAAGUCCCCGACUACUUGGUUGGAGAUGCAUAUCGGCUACGACAGGUGAUGCUGAACCUGGUUGGAAAUGCAGUCAAGUUCACCGAUCAUGGCGAUAUCAAAGUCGAGAUCAAACACUUCAUAGACAACAAGUGUGCUUCAGAUGAGACAGCGUUCCAAUUCUCCGUUUCGGAUCCUGGCAUCGGCAUUGAAGAAAGCAAACUCGGGUUGAUCUUCGACAAGUUUCAACAAGCAGACGGAUCCAUGACUCGUCGCUUUGGCGGAACAGGUCUAGGCCUUGCAAUUUCGAAACGGCUCGUCUCACUAAUGGGCGGCGAUAUCUGGGUCACCUCGCAUGUAGGCCAGGGAAGCACAUUUUCAUUCACAUGCAGAGUGAAGCUCGCCCAGCCCCCACCGAGCUUUGCGGAUCAAAUUCUCCCCCAUCGUGAGAGACGCGUUUUGUUCUUUGAUCACGGGCUCACACGAACCUUCCCGGUCGCUGCGGUGCUAAAAGAGCUCGGCCUAGACCCCGUUAUCGUCACAGAGGAGCAGCUUGAAUGCGGGCAGUUCCAAAGUGACUGGGGAUGCACUUUCGACGCCAUCCUCAUCGAAAACCUGGAAAUAGCAGCAAAGGUCCGAGCUUGCGCAAGCCUCCAGCCCAUCCCACUAGUCAUCGCCGCACACACUGUCUCUAUAGCGCUCCGAGCUGCCGGAGAACUCGGCAUCACGUCCUACAUUACAGUGCCCUGCCGCCCCAUCGACCUAUGGCACGGAAUUCUCCCCGCGCUGGGCAACCGCGCAACCAGCACGCCAUCCGGAUACACACGCUCGCUAGCAAUCCUCCUAGCAGAAGACAACGACGUGAAUCAAAAAGUCGCCGUACGCAUCCUCGAAAAGUUCAACCAUAACGUCACUGUUGUAGAAAAUGGCUUCCAGGCUGUGAAAGAGUUUAAACAGCAUCGCUAUGAUGUGAUCCUCAUGGACGUCCAGAUGCCUGUUAUGGGUGGGUUUGAGGCAACGGCCAAUAUCAGACAAUAUGAGAAGAUAAACGGGAUUCCGCACACGCCAAUCGUGGCUCUAACGGCGCAUGCUAUGAUUGGGGAUCGUGACAAGUGCAUACAAGCCGGCAUGGAUGACUAUAUGUCCAAGCCUUUGGAUUCGGCCCGCAUGAUGCAGACGAUCAUGAAAUGCUCCGCUAUGAACAUUACUUCUCUGCCUGCUAUUGAAGGCUGA